AUGGCGGAUGUCAAAGUAGAGAUACGGGGCAACGGCCCGCUGCGGGUCAUUGGCGAGAUUGAGAUUGUCGACCAGAGUGGCAACAACUACACCAUUCCCGAGGGACUUUUGCACGUCAACAUCCGCCGGUUUCCUGCAUGGCAGCAGACUGUCGACCAAAGCUACUAUCCCAGGAGGCGCACCAUGGUAACCACGACACCGGCCCGCGCGGCCGCCGAGUUCAUAUUCGAGAGCUACCGCAAGGUGCAGCCUUUCGAGCGGCUGCCGGUCGACCUGUUUCCCAAGACGCUGGAAGAAGCCUACGCCAUUCAGCUGGAACUCCACUGCAUGCUGUCCAGCCUGUGGGGGCCGCUGGCGGGGUACAAGCUGGCGUACACCACGCCGGUGAUGCAGGAACGGGCGGGGCUGAACCAUCCGGUGCUGGGCGGCGUGUUCCAAAAGACCAUCCUGCGCUCGCCGGUAGGCGUGACGCUGGGAAAGGAUUUGCCGGCGUCGGGCGCCCCCUACACGAGGGACUCGGUGGCGGAAGCGGUAUCCGAGGUGGCCACGGCCUUCGAGAUCGUGGACAUGCGGACGCCCGCCGAUCUGACCACGGAACAAGAGCGCACGCUGAUGAGCGUGGCGGUCAACAUCCUGAACUCCGGCGUGGUGCUGGGCGAUCCGGUUACGGACUGGCAGAGCCUGGGACCUGGUGGGUUGCAAGGGCGUGAUGAGCAUCAACCACGAGCAGGUGGGCGAGGGCUACGGCCGGGACGUGAUGGGCACAUCCUUCGAGCCGCUGGUGUGGCUGGCCAACGAGCUGUCGGCGCGUGA